AUGUCUGGUGCAACAUGGGUGAUUGUUCCGAUCUCCACUGUUGGCUGUGGUAAGCUGACUGUUUUUAGAGCCCUCACGACGCUUCAUCCAGAGUUUGCCCAUAUAGAAAACGACCGUCUCAAGACCAAGAAGGCAUUUUCCACCAAGCUACAAGAAUCCGUGAAAGACCAUCCCGUCGUUUUAAUAGACAGAAACAACCAUAUGGUCAAGCAUCGUCAAGAGAUCUAUGAAGAUCUCAGGUAUUACGAUGUGAGGCUUGUUUUGGUUAAUUUCGUCGAUCCUCGGAUGGAUAUUAUGAAAGUGAAGAAGAUCGCCUUUGACAGAAUCAGAGCAAGGGGAACAAACCAUCCGACGAUAGACGGGCUGAACGAGCGGAUGGUCCGGAUGAUUGGCGGGAAGUUUUUCAAGGAUUUCAGACCUUAUGAUCCAAGCAACGAGGUAGACUCUCAGUUCCAAGAAGUGCUUAACCUAGAUAUGAACAAGUCUGUGCUCUAUAACUUAAGGACGGUAUUGAAGUUUCUUGGGUCAAGAGUGGGAUUUGACGUUCCUGACGAUGAUACACUUAGGCAAGUGAUCCAAACUGUCAAAGACUAUAAAGUUCCAGAGGAAGAGAAGAAGUUCCAGAAAGACGCAGAAAGAGUAGCCAGAAAGCAAGAAGAGCGUGGCCAAGCAAGGAAACACGACGAGACCAACGGCAACGCUCCCAAAAAGACAAAAACAAAACCUCCACAGCUGAAGAAACGUAACCACCCGGGUGAACCUAGGCCAGUGCAGCCUCAACCACCAGCGAACAGGACAGAGCCAAUGAAGAUCGAAGACUACUUCAGCAAGGUUCAAUCCUAG